AUGGAACAGCAGUCAUCGACGUCAAAAGUGACAGUCGAGUACUUCGAUCCUCACCAUGUCUACAAGCUUCUUGCGCCUGGCCUAGUCCCUCGAUUGCCAUUGCACAACCUCCACUGGCAGUCGCAUGCCGGACCUCUCCGAUCCAUCGACACCCUACAUGUUGAUUUGGUGCCAGGCGAUGCCUCGCAGCCACCCGAACCCGCGGCUCCCAAGUCAAGGCGGUCUACGAAUGCCUCGCGUGACGAUGGCUUCCAAACACAGCAAGUAGGCGGAGAGGCCAGCUCGACGGACACGGUUGACGAGCGGGCUGCGACGACCAAGACCUCAUCAGGCCAGCGGCGCCAUCAGAUCCCCGGCCUGCGCAGCACCCCCUAUCUCAAAGUGCUCCUGGUACGGUGCGACGACAACGAUUCAUACAAGUCCACGGUGAGAGCAGAGGUUCGCGAGUGGAUCAAGGAGCACACGCCGCCGUCGAGUUCGUCCAAAAAAGCCAGCAAUCAGGAGAAGCACGAUGCCUUUGAGUGGCUCAUAUUGCAUGUCGUCAUCCCCAAUACUGUGGCUGCCACUCAACCCCGAAACACUGGAAGCAAGGGUGAAGGGGGUUCAGCGGAAAAGGCAUCAACUACUUCACGAUGGAGACCAGGGUCAACGCCAUUGAUGGAGAAGUUUCGAUCAGAUUUCAACUCGUCUAGUAAAGGCGCACCAGACCGUGUUGCCCAGAUUCGCAUCGGCAUCAACGAUGUGCCGUACGACCUACUGCCAAGGGUAGUUCCUGCUGUGCCGUCUGGAUACUCGGAGACAGAGCAAGAUGCAGAGAAUGCAUGGAACGAGCUGAUGAGCAAAUUCAAGAGCUUAAUUCUGAGCUCUUUUGAUAUGCGAGUAACACAAUAUGAGGAGGAUAUUAAAGAAAAGGACGGUCAAAGAAGUCUACCCGGCUGGAACUUUUGUACCUUUUUCAUCCUGAAGGAGGGUUUGGCACGCGGGUUCGAGAAUGUUGGUCUUGUCGAGGAUGCCCUCGUCGGAUACGACGAGCUGAGCGUUGGGCUUGAUUCAGUCAUUCAAGAACAAGUCGAGAGCGGAGCGCCGGAGAAGCACGGCGGCGCCAUGUUAACAUAUACGGAAGAGCUGCAAAGGAUGGCCAGGCAAGUCUUAACGGAGCUAUCAGGGGACGCCGGUGAUGAGGUAGCCGUGGACUUGCAAAGGCAGGAAACGGCCUCAACCGACGCCGACGAUAUCCCCAUCAGCUCAUCGAAUAAGGCCUACCGCGACAUGAUUCUUGCCAACAAAGUGUCAGUUUUUGAUUUCAGAUGUUACAUCUUCUCAAGGCAAAUAUCACUACUCCUUCGUUUGGGUAAUGCAUUUGCAACACGGGAAGAAUUGCUGGCCAAGUUGAUGGAUCAGCGCAAUUCAAUUCUCCAUGGCGUGGCGCCGCUCCUACCGCCCAUGAAUAAUGACGAUGGACCUGAAAAUUUGGGCAUGCUCUCUGAGGUAUGCCGACGGACUUUGGAGUUUAUUCCAGUAAUAUCCCAAGUGAUGCGCCAAGAUAUCACCGCCUCUUUGUUAAAUGAUGCCAAUUCCAAUACUGCAGAAAAUGCACAAGUGACGACCUUGGAUCCAAUGUUGCUGGAGACGAUGGACAACAUGGUUGCAUCGUUUGCAUUUACCAUUGCCCAGCAGAUUCUCGUCCAAACGUCGACCAAAGCGCUGCCUAUCCCACUGCCGACCUUGGUCAUGGAAGACGGAGCCGAGCCAAAGUCAUCAAUCCCAGAACCGAAGACUAUGCUACAUCCAGCGAGAUCCUCGUCAUUGCAAGCGCAGCCGUCAUCUCGGCCACCUUCUAACCCCAACUUUCCCGGUCCUGGCAGGAAACCGAGUCUCGCAGAACCUGAGUCACAGACGUCGUCGUUCCUCAAAGUUGGGCUUGAAGAAUUGGCUGCUCGUCGUGCGGAGCUGUACAUGCUAUCCAGGAGAAUAUUAGAAGGCCUGGGCAAAAAGCGCGGCUGGUCCAACGGCUGGGAUGAAGCACCAUUGGUUGGUGAACCUGGGCUUGACGGCAUGGAAGAAAUCAGUCUCGAUGAUGGUGGUGCUGGUGGUGGAUGUGGCCGUGGUUCGAGCAUUGGAGGCAAAUCUAGCACAGAAUCUACUGCACCUUCAAUCGCUGGUAUUGACAGUCAAAUCCUGCGGACGGCCACCGAUAACACAGUCGACUUUUAUCGUCUAUACGAAAUUCUCACUGGCAAAGCUAGCCACCACUUUGCCGUUGCCAAUCAUGUUCAUUCCGUCACGACUUGCAAAGCUGAUCUGGCCAUGCUCAAAUUUCACACGAAAGAAUACAAGGCUGCCACAAAACACUUCGAAGAGGCCACUCCAUUCUUUGCAGAAAAUGGCUGGUCACUCUUGGAGCUAUCUCUGCUAGUCAUGUACUGCCAGUGUCUAAGCGAGCUCGGGUCCAACGAUCACUAUGUCAAUGUUGCGAUGACGCUUCUCAUCAAGUCGUGUGCCGCUGAAAGAGAACGACGGGAGCGGAAGGCUGCCGUAGUAGCGCUGCCAAAGACCCCCAUUCUCGAUAGCUCGCCUACCAAGCAGGUCGCGGCCAAACUAUUUGCACUGACUUCAAAUCUCUCCUCAGAGGUCAAGGUGCCCCUAUCAAAAUUCUUCAUGGACGUUGAGUUGGAAGGAACACCCGUAUACCACGACCGCAAAGAUGGGUUCUCGUUAAAGAUUCAACUCAGGAGUCUGCUGCCAGAGAAGCUGACGCUGGAUUCCGCGAAGUUGAGAAUAACAUGUACAGAUGGAGGACCACGCAGAGACAUCAACUUGGAAGUCGACGAGGAAAUUGUUCUCUCUCCAGGCAAGAAUUCAAUCUCUGUAGCGUGCAAUUCCGUCAUUCCCGGAAGCUAUCGUGUAAGCCGGCUGGCUUUGGUAUCCAGCAAACUAUUUCUCCACCACGAACAAGAUGUCAACUCUUUGCCUCCCCGUACGAGCAGCAUCUUCCAAGAUCCCGAUGUGACCUUGUUUCAACGCCCCAAUGCGCUUGACGUGCAGUUGACGGCCAGCAGACACAUAAGCCUUGGCAAGAACAACGCGCUUGAUCUCAUCAUUCGUUCUGGGUGGAACACCUUGAAGAGCUGUGAAGUCAAAAUCCGACCAACAACCGGUGGUCUCCGUCUGUUGACCACAGAAGCAAAACUUGUCGACGAAUCCAUCCAAUUUGCGAAACGCCCAGAAUCGGGGGCGCUUUUCUUCGGUCCGAUGGAGGAGGCGGCAUCCAUUACUGUGCGCUUCCCUUACUCCAUUGAGCAGGAUCUGGGCGACGUUUCAGUCAAGGUAGAGGUUACAUAUGUAACAACAAGUGACGAAUCAUUCCAGCUCGCAAAGUCGAUCAUGAUUCCGGUCUCGCUAGCAGUUGGGGUGAAUGUACAAGACGUGUUCAAACAUAAUGCGCUGUUCUCGCGGUUCAACGUGGACACUGCGUCCUCCAGCCCACUGCGACUAUUCAAGAGCGAGCUUGUGGAGUCGGAGCUGUUCGAAUCCUCGUUUGGCAUCCCGCCAGCCAAUACAGUCAUGGUUUUCCCAAAACAGCAUGCUACAUUACUCUAUAAAGUAAAGAGGAAGGAGGGGGCAAAGGUGGCUGCACGAAGCGGCAGGAUAAUGCAUCUCAAGUUAUACUACAGCGUGCUGCAGACGGAGAUAGAGGAGCGCAUAAAAGAGUCGAUUCUAGAAGGACUCAAAGACACGCCGCUGGAGCUGUAUUCCAAGGUGACAGCGGCGCGCGUACUGGAGGAAACAAGGAACGGGCUAGAGGCCCACGAUCUAGAACGAGCAGCACUGGUGGGCGAAGUCACAACAUCGUAUCUAGAGAAGGCCCGGUGGGCACAUCACUUGCGUGGCCUUGGAUGUGUGCCCGGCACAAGGGACGAUGCGACGACAAAAUUGGCCGAGUUUCUCGACGAUUGGCAGAGGAAGCACCCUCGCAUGACCCUCCCGACGGGCACACCAGACGAACCAUGGUCCAUUGUCAUACCCGUCGAGGUCCCGUCCCUCUCCGUUGUCCACACAGCCGACAUUCGCAUCGAGCAAUCUCUCCUAGACCACCUUGAGGGACCCUCAGCGGGCGCUCCAGCAGCCUCGGUGAACCAAGUCCUUCCGGCGACGCUCCACCUCAAAUGGACACGCAUAUGGGACACUGACGCGCUGGCUCGGGAGGACGAAGAGUUCAGCUACGAGGUCACGGCGCCCAGCGACGCCUGGCUCAUUGGCGGUCGUCGAAGGGGACACUUUGUCAUCCCCGGGGGCAAAGCGCCCAGCACCAUGUCGUCAACUGCAGAGACGGAGGCCGAAAUCCCGCUGGUGCUGAUCCCCCAGAGGGAAGGCUAUCUGCCGUACCCAACGGUGGAAAUUAGGGAUGUGCCGCCGGCGGAGGGACACAGAGGAGCAGCGAGCACAACUGCGCCGUGCGAGGUGGACUGGAGGAAUCUGGGCGAGACAGUGAGGGUGAUUAGCGAGAGGAGGAGCGUGACAGUGAGCUUGGAUGCCAGUGGGCCGGGGGGAGGGCCGUUGGUAUGUGAAAGCGAGGGCAUGAACAGGCAGAAGGGCAGGAUAGUGGCAUGA